AUGCGUGCCACCUUGCGGAGAUCAUGCGAUUCAUGUGCCAAGGCAAAGCACCGAUGCGAUCUUCAUACGCCCCGUUGUUCUCGCUGCAUCAAAAAGAGAGCAAGGUGUGUCUACGCCAACGAACCACUGACUUCGUCGUCCUCUUCGGACACCUCGGGAACUGCCUCUUGGCCCUGCGAGGACGAAGUCGACACCAUGUCGACAUCGUCACACCCAAAAGUGUCCAUGGCAGUGCGUUCAGCGUCGCCCGUGUGGCUUGUUGACCCGGCCAACGCGUCCUACGACCCGUUUGAUUCGUACCCGGCAACAAGACUUCCUCGCCUUCAUGUUCAACGUCUUAUUCGCCACUGUAGUGAUACCUUUUUUCUCUUUUCGUGUAGAGGAGAGCUAACUUGUCUAGUCCUGUCGAGUAUCGCAUUUCAGUAUUACCCUCUUGACAUGAACAGCGAGACAAAUCCAUUCAUUGUCUCGUGGUGGCCCUUGGCCCUUGAGGACCCUGCUCUCUUCCAUGUAUCUCUCCAAACAGCUUCUCUUGACCAAGAACUACGGGCUCAAAGGGGUUUUGCUGUAUCAGAGGCUCUCAUGGUUGAUUCAGUCUCGGAGUUGAGAAAGAAGAUUGAACAUUCGUCUUCGGCAGUGCAGGAUGAGACAAUCAACGCAGUCGUAACAUUGGCAGCGAUUGAGCACGGAAAAGGAAAUUUCGAGUCUAGUGUUAUGCACAUCAAGGGCGUCAAGAAAAUGAUCAGCUUGAGAGGCGGCAUUGGCCAGGUAAAACACACGAGUCCACUGACGGCUCGGAUGGUUUUAUGGGUCUCCAUGCUGGUGACUUGUCAGCCCCAAUUCGGCAUUCACGACCAUGUCGGCGGCGACGGCAUACUAUCCGGUUUGCAAUGGCAGCUUGCGUCUGCUCAUCUGGAUUCAAACAGCAUCCGACUAUACCAUGAAGAGAUUGACCCCAACGUGCGCGAUGCGCUUGCUUGUCUCCGCUACAUCUUUCAUCAAGGAAAAAUCACCACCACCGAGCUGCACGACCUGACUUGCUUUGUGAUACACAAGUUGCUGUCACUGCAACAGCCACCAAGCGACGGGAGUAGCAACCAUCACAAUGCAGUAUCCGAGUCUCUUCGGCAUGCGCUGGUGCUAUAUCUGCUCAUCAUCCACGGCACAACGUAUUAUUCACAUCUUCACAUGUCCACUUUACUGGCAAAGCGGCUCAGGGGACACCUGCAAUAUUUACCCGCCAGGGGCGGUAUUCUGGACUCGCUGAAAAUCUGGGCCAUCUCCAUCGGAAUGGUAUCCUCGUUCGACCCCAUCGAUCGUGCGUGGUUUGCCUCAGAAGCCCGCUCUGCUCAAGCGUCUCUUGGCUUGAACUGCUGGGAUGAUGUCGUGACGCACUUGGAACAUGUACUUUGGUUCAAGACGCAGCAAGACAACGUUUUCUGGUCGGAAUGGCGGCCAAUUCUUAGCAAUACGAACCGUUGA